AUGGGCAAACGUAAAGGGAAGUGUGUUAAAAAGAAUAAUCAAACGAAAGAAUCUUUGGAGCCGGAACAUUUGAUAAAAGCACCACAUUCAUUCGUAAUCCACCGUGGAACAUGUUCUAAGGAUCUCACAGACUUAACAAAAGACUUCAGAAAGAUCAUGGAGCCUUUUACUGCUUCACAAUUAAAGGAAAGAAAGAAAAAUACUAUAAAGGAUUUUCUGUCAGUGUCUGGAUAUUUGCAUGUUUCUCAUAUGAUGGUAUUCACUGAGACAGAACUUGGUACAUACAUGAGACUUGCUCGUCUGCCUAGAGGACCUACACUCACCUUUAGAGUACACAGUAUGGUACAAGGAAAGAUACCUAAUUUGAACAAAUGCAAGGACAUGUCAGAAUUUUUUGAUAAGGCUGCGUUAUUAUCAGAGAGUGAGUUUGAAGAUGAUGGUACUAACCAGGUUGUUUUACCACAAAAGUUAUCAAAUCGAGCUGCAGCAAUGCACACCAAGUCUGCACUUAGACUUGUAGAGCUCGGCCCGAGGAUGUCCUUGCAGCUUAUAAAGGUUGAAGACGGUCUUAUGGAUGGAGAGGUUUUGUUCCAUGAACUUAUUGAGAAAACAGAAGAAGAAAAGGCGUUGAUUAAGAAGAAACGUGAAGAGAAACGACGUUUGAAAGAGAAGAGAAAGGCACAACAAGCAGAGAAUAUUAAACGAAAGGAAAAGGAAAAAGAGGAAUUAAAACAAAAAGCGUUGGAGGGAAUUAAAAAGAAACAGGAAAUGACUGAAAAUCAAAGGUUAAUGGAGCUGGCGGCUGCGGAAACUCAGGAUAAUGAUCAGGAGGAAGAUGACGCUGAUUACUACAGACAAGAAGUGGGAGAGGAACCCGAACAAGAUCUGUUCAGUCAAAAUCCAUCAAGAAAAAGGAAAUCUGAUGAUGGAGAGGAAGCUAGAGGGUUCAAGAAAAUGAGAUUGGAUAAGAAAUUAAAAAAGAAAUAUCAAAGUGGCUCUAACAACAAUCAGGAUAGGGACGGCAAUAGAAAGUUCAAUCAAAGACAAGAUGGUGAGAGUUCAUACAAAAACAAAAGGAAAAACUUUAAUGACCAAGACAGGAACAAAUUCAAUAAAAACAGGAAUAAUCAACCUGACAGGAAUAAGAAGGUGUUUGGUGGAAAAUUUAAUAAGGCCAACAAACCUGGCAAAAAACAAAAAGGUGGCAAAGGAAAAGGGAAAUCCCGAAAAUAA